GUGCCACGAUAAUAUUUGUUUGAAGUCACCACUCCGAUUUCUUUAGAGUCAUGUUCGAUCUCCAAUUGUUGCACCUUCCAACCAGGUGUAUACUCAAAGACUCGAUUGGCAGCCCUAUGUAGUUGAUAUUGGAUACCAUGUCAACAAGACCUUCUAUAUUGCUAUCUGCAAAGACAAUCGCCACCCUGAAUUAGCUCAGAAAGCAAUUACAAUGCCUGUAUUCCAUACAUCCAACCGGCCAUUGCUGCCGGUUUUGCAUUGCUGCGCCACCAGUCAGGCACCCAGCCGCCCUCGCCGCAUGCCGUGCCUCGGCACUCUAGAAGUCUCCUGAGCUGCGAUUGUUGUUAAUGUCGCAUUUACAUCCUGCUUCAAUAUGUUAGUCAAUGCACAGGUGACCCAAGAUCAUCAUGAGCUGCACAGCAUCACCAAAGCCGCGUAUACGCGCCUGCCACGCGAGAUACGCGACAUGAUCCUAUCUAGCAUUCUCACGCAAGACUGUCUAGUAAGAAUCUACGUCCAGCAGUUCCGCGAUGAAUUCAAGGAAUUCUACGGCCGCUUUUACAAGGACAACAGAUUAAACUGGGAAGAGAACAGCUCACCUAAGCGUUGGGAGCCGCCCUGGAUUUCGCUCUUCUACCCAUAUUUCGCAGCGGAAAUGAUUGACAUACUCUACGAAAAGUACCCGCACUUCAAGAUCAGCACGCCGACCAAGCUCCCAGCAUUUCUCGGCGCAGACAUGUUCGGAGCGUGGCGUACCCCACGCGACGCGAAGCUUCCUAGUUUAACUAUCAAGGGAUCAUUGGACGAGGGGAGCUCCGACUCUGUCAGCGUCAAAACACUCGCAUCCGAUUUGAAAGCCCUUUCGGACUGCAUCUGGGCCCCAAACUUCCGGCUCGAUAUCACCUUUAGCACCGAGCUAGGCAUCUCCAUCUUCAAAGCCAGAGCUAUACCUCGUGUGGCACGGAAAAUACACAAGAUCUGGCAAAUAAUGCAUCCGUGGAUUGUUGAAGCCGAGGAACGGGGUGCGACAGUGUACUUUGCGAUAGUCACCAGGCAUCCGGGACAAGUCGAGAGCUCGGGUUGGCCGAAAUACAAGAGGUAUGGAUGCUUAGAUGGAGAACGUGACAUGCUCUAUACUGAGAAAGAAUGGGUGAAAGAGCUGAAAGGGACUCUAGGUCCAGAGUGCCGAUGGUUCCGGCGGGAACGACCUGGACAUACACACAGAAGUGACAUCUUCAAGCAGUCGAGGCCGAAAGCUUAUGCUGUUGCACACUUUAUCGGGAAUGCAUGGAUUUUAGUUUUCUGCAUUUGCUGGUACCUACCCGCAGAGGCGAGGAAAGACUGGAAUGAUCGUAAGAGAAGAAGAAGUGUGUUACCAAGAGCUGUGUUACGUUGAGGUGUCAUCGUACAACAGAACAUUGUGUCUGCACUAUCAUUGGGUAUG